AUGAGCCUUCCAACCGACUCCCUUGCGAGAUUUGGUCGAACCCUGAGCGACUCGUCACUGCUGACAUGUCAAGGUCUCAUCGAAGGCCGUUGGCAAAGCGCUCCCUCAGGCUCAACCUUCCCCGUCUUCGAACCUGCUUCGGCCUCUAUCCUACUUGACUGCUCAAAUUUUAGCCGUCAAGAUAUUCAGCGAGCCAUAGUCAGUGCCAAUGUUGCGCAAAAGAGAUUCUACACCUCCACCACCGCGUCUCAGCGUGGGAAACUCCUGAGGACUUGGUACGAGCUCAUUCUUGCAAACAAGGAAGAUUUGGCCACAAUCCUGACACUCGAGAACGGCAAGGCCAUUGCAGAGGCCAGAAGCGAAGUCGAAUAUGCGGCUUCCUUUGUUUCCUGGUUUGCUGAAGAAGCCACCCGCUCUUACGGAGACGUCAUCCCCUCGUCGACGCCUGGUGCAACUGUUUUUACGAUAAAGGAGCCGGUCGGAGUCUGUGGCAUCAUUACCCCUUGGAACUUCCCUGCGGCCAUGAUAACGAGAAAGGUCGCGCCAGCUCUUGCAGCCGGAUGUUCAGUUGUGAUCAAGCCACCGAGUGAAACACCCUUCACGGCCCUAGCCCUAGCGAAGCUCGCGGUAAGAGCCGGCAUUCCGGCAGCAUGCGUACAGGUCGCCCCGACCAAGGAUCGUGCUGCCGCGUCGGAGCUCGCGUCCAGCCACAUCAUCAAGAAGCUGAGCUUCACAGGCUCUACAGAGGUCGGCAAGCAUCUGAGUUCCCUUGCCGCAAAGACUGUCAAGAAGAUGAGCAUGGAGCUAGGCGGCAAUGCAGCCUUCAUCGUCUUUGAUGACGCCGACUUGGACCUGGCUGUCAAGGGCGCGACGCAGUCCAAGUUUCGCGCAACCGGCCAGACUUGUGUCUGUGCCAACCGACUCUUUGUGCAUGAAUCGGUCGUCGACGAGUUUGCCAGACGAUUAACAGAACAGGUCCGUCAGCUGAAACUAGGGUUUGGUCUCGAAGAAGAUGUCACCCAAGGGCCCCUGGUGAACGAAUCGUCGGUCGAAAAGGUCGCUGCGCAUGUUCAGGAUGCUCUAGAGCACGGUGGAGAGCUUGUCUUUGGCGGCAGACGCCCCUCCCGCCUUGGCAACGGGUACUUCUUUGAACCCACCAUCAUCAAGAAUGCGACCACCGACAUGGCAGUGGCUCGCGAGGAAACAUUUGGUCCAUUGGCGGCAAUCUUCAGCUUCAAAGAUGAAGAGGAAGUUAUCCAUCUUGCGAACAACACGCCUUUCGGCUUGGCUAGCUACUUCUUCUCCCGGGACCUGCACCGUGUUCUCCAGGUGGCCAACGCCCUAGAGGCCGGCAUGAUCGGGGUGAAUACGGGGGCUAUCAGUGCAGCGGAAACACCUUUUGGUGGGAUUAAAGAGAGUGGUUUUGGAAGAGAAGGGAGCAAAUAUGGCCUGGAGGAGUACCAAGUCAUCAAGUCGGUGACGAUCGGUUCCAUGAAGGCGUAA